AUGAAAAAACUUGAUAAUUAUUUGGCAAUUCAUUGGAGGAUUGAAAAUAGUAAUAUUAAAUUAUUAUCAAAAUGUUCAACAAGUUUGGUUUCUUGGAUAAAAAAUUUUACUUUAGAACAUAAAAUAGAUAAUAUUUAUUUUGCUACUGAUUAUCCUUUACAUGGUAAUUAUGAUAAAGCUCAAUCUGCUAGUUUUUAUAAUAUUAGAGAAGAACAUCACCAAGCUAUUCGUACACUUAAUAGUACUAUUAAAUUAAAUACUUGGAUAUCUUUAAAUGCUUUGGACGAUUUAAAGAAUGAUUAUGAUGAAAAAAUUAAGUGGGAAUUAGAAGGAAGUGGAGUACAAGGAAUUUUGGAUAAGUUGGUCUUAAUUAAUGCUGAUUGGUUCGUGUCUGGACCUAGAGGUUGUGCAAGAAUACAAAGUAGAUUCACAAGACGUAUUAAAAAUGCUAGGGAGAAAUUGAUAAAUUCUGGGAAUACUAAAAUUAAGAAUAUUUCAACUGUAUGGUCACUUAUAUGAUGA